AUGGUGCAUUCGAAUAUGUUUCCCAAAGCUAUUGUGAGUGUGGAUGUUAAACCGAUCAAAAUGAAGUAUGAUUUUAAAUUGGAUGAAGUGAAUGAUGAUGUUCAACCGGAUGAAGUGAAUGAUGAUGUUAAACCGAGUAAUCGAUUGAUUGUUGUCGAGGAAAGCCGGAAAUUGGGGUUUAUCGUUGUAAUAAAAAAGUCCGACAACGGUUCUAAUAUAAGACAAGCAUUUAUAACAAUGAUAUGCGAAAGAAGUGGCACAUACCAACCAAGGAUUAGGAAGUUGAAACAAGAUGUCACUAGAUCAAGGAAAUAUGAGUGUCCAUUUAAAUUGCACGGAUACCAUAUGACGGAUGAGACAUGGAAACUUAAUGUGAUUUCUGGUAUACAUAAUCAUGCCUUGACUGACAAGCUAGUCGGUCAUCCCAUUGUAUGUCGCAUUGUUCUAGAGGAGAGGAAACUUAUUUCAGACAUGACAUUAAACAUGGUGGCGUCGAAAAACAUACUUGCAUCUUUGAAAUGA